CAACAUUUCAACUUUACUUUUAUAUAUAAUUCUGAAGUUUCCUCAAAUGCGUCUUUGUUUAGUAUCAUCGUGAUUGCUUGCUAGAUUGAAGAAUUGAGGAAUUGACGAUCAUGGCUUCAACUACCGGUGUCGGAGAUGAAGAAACGGCGCCUUUACUAGCAACAUCGCCAACUUCAUCAACUGGCGUUAUUAAUUCGCAGUAUCAAUCAUUAAGCCAAAUCAGCAGCAGUAAUGAUAGUGAUGUUAGUAACACCAGCAAUACCGACCCCAGAUGGACUCUUAGUCAGAGCGCGCGCCGACUCUACAUCUCUCAUACCCUCUCAACAUGGAACUCACGCGUCUUCGAAUUUGGAAGUGUGCUAUAUCUCGCCUCAAUAUUUCCCGGAACCCUGAUGCCACUUGCGAUUUAUUCGAUAGUGAGAGGCGCUUCUGCUAUUACAUUGUCGUCAUGGGUCGGGAGUUAUAUCGAUCGCAAAGACCGCCUUAAUACCGUGAGACUGUCAAUCGUCUCACAGCGACUUGUUGUUGCUGCCUCAUGCGUUAUCUUCUUUAUACUCAGCAGAGUUGAAAGCCCUUCAGAUGAACUGCGGGUCGGGUUGCUUGCAGCCUUGAUCUUCAUGGCAUGCGUUGAGAAGCUGGCCGCUAUCAUGAAUCUCGUGUCCGUUGAAAGAGAUUGGGUUAUUGUUGUGGCACGCUCAGAUACUACUGCACUUCGAACCAUGAACUCGCAAAUGAGGCGGAUUGACCUUAUUUGUAAACUACUUGGACCUUUUUUCAUAGGUAUACUCGACGGUGUUUCCACGGAAACAGCGAUUCUUGUCAACCUAGCAAUGAACUGUACUUCAGUUAUUGUUGAGUAUUUCACCAUUGCCAAGGUCUAUUAUCAAGUACCCGAACUGCAGCAUCCAAAGACCACGCCCCCUAUUGUACCACAAAAUGAGGAACAGCAGACUCGUCAGAAUGCCUGGGUGUCAUUCAAAAAAGCUAUACAGAAGACGUCCAGUGAUCUUCGACUUUACUUUACCCAUCCCGCGUUUGCCCCCUCCUUCUCAAUAGCGCUUCUUUACUGCACAGUUCUGUCUUUUGGUGGUGUUAUGGUUACAUAUCUGUUAGCGAGUGGAUACACUUCAGCCCAGAUUGCCGCAAUGAGAACAGUCUCGGUGACUCUUGAGGUUCUCGCCACAUGGAUUGGACCGUGGGUGAUGAAGAAGAUCGGACCCGUUCGUGCUGGUCUUUGGUUCCUGAGCUGGGAACUGGGAUGUCUAGCAAUUGGUGUAUCAAUUUUCUGGCGAUAUGCUGACAACGUCUUGGUAUCAACACUGGGACUUGUCUGUGGUUCAAUGUUGAGCCGAAUCGGACUUUGGGGGGUAGAUCUGUCUGCACAGGUUAUUAUUCAAGAGGAAGUUGAGGCAGAGAAACGAGGAGCCUUUUCUGCUGUGGAAGCUAGUUGGCAAAAUGUGUUCGAGAUGUGUUCAUACACGUCAACCAUCAUAUUCUCGUCACCCAGUCAGUUCCACAACCCGACAGCGCUCAGCGUCACAUCAGUAUUCUUUGCAUGGCUACUGUACAGCUCUUUUGUCAAGAAGCGACGAGGACAUCUCGUCCACUGGCCUACUUGCAUGUCCCCAGAAAAGCAGCAGGCAACGAUCGACGAGCUAUUCGAGUCCGGGCCGUCGAGGCGAAGAGAGGGGCUCUGAAUGUUUGUAUGAUAUGCAUAUGCAAGAGAGGAUCGCACGAGACAUGUUAGUGGUCACCUGGAUCGGGAAGCAGUGCAACAAUGAUAGGAUAGCACAGGAUCUUGUGGGUUGGGAACCCUCCACGUUUAUUUCCGUGUCUCGGACGGCAGCGGGUUGUCUUGGAUAUGCAUGCACGGCAAGGCCUCGUGGAUCGAGGAGCGGCCCUUAUAGAUGAUGCAGGUUUGGUUACAUGAGGGAGGACAGCAGUGAUUUUGGGUAGAUGUGUAUGACGUGAAGAGACUCGAGUAGGGGAAACAGUGAGACGAUGUUUGUCUUUUUCUGCUAGUCAAUCAGUGCUCCAUAUCUU